AUGAUUAAAGUUUUUGAACGUAUAUCCAGUGUCUUUGCAAUUACAACAACUCAUGAUGAACAUCUCAAGGAAAUAAAAAUAAAAAUAGGAAGCUUAUUUGAAAAGGCAGAGAACGAUAUGUACAAUCAAACAGAAGCUAACAUAACCAACAAUGUUCUUAAUAAAUAUUUAAAGCAAGAACUCACAAAAUGGGGAUGUCUUAUCAAUAAUCCCUUGUGUAUGCAGAUGGCCAAAGAACAAUUUGAAUGGCAUCUAUCAGAUCCUGAAACUAGGAAACUUUUGCCUGGGUGGAAAAAAUUGAUAUCUUGUAAUGGUUUAAAGACUGCUGCUAAUUAUGUAUGGUUCAGUGCAUGGACCAACGCGUUGAAUGUAUACAAAGAGAAAUCUGAUUAUGAAAUGUUGAAAUUUAGCAGUUUUUGUUCUGAUCAUCCGCGAAUUAUAUAUCCUCAUCUAUUGUUUAUUCUAACGUCAUUUCAAACGAUGAUCAUGAAAUAUGAUAAAAAUAUCGAUUUUGGAACACUAACACAGGAAAAGCAUGUUUAUGCUUUAACUGCUGAUAUUUAUCUUCCUAUUUUUGCCAUGCAUGCUAAGAAUCCUAUAUUGCUUAAAAAUAUAUUGAACUUACAUAACUUUGAAAGUAUGAAAAACAGCCGAAUCAAUACGAUUGCAACAUUAAUUGUCAUUAUUAAUAAUGUGUAUUCUAAGAAUGAACUGGACAUGAUAACAGAAUUUGCUAAGGAUAUGCCACAAUUAGUUUCGGAACGUAUUGAACGCAAGAUAAAAUCGCGUUUGCUUGAGAUCCAGAGUCAAAUGAAAUUUUAUCAAUCUAUGAUAAAACUCCCCCCAUCGCGCUUAAUUACGUCAACUACAACACCGUCAACUACAACAUCGUCAACUACAGCAUAUCAAUCUACAAGACGUCGAACUAGAAUACGUCUAACUGAUAUUUUAAAGCGCAAAUCAUUUACAUAUCCUAAAUUAUCAGGGCCUUGGAGUCCUCCUUAUCUGUGAAUGUUAAUAAUGCAUAUUCUUAGAAGACCAACUUAUUAAG